AUUAACUUGGUUUUGUAUCUCUAGAACAAUGCCUCCAAGCUUUUGCUGGCUAUUAUGGAAAGCAGGCACGACAGUGAGAAUGCGGAAAGAAUCCUUUUUAACAUGAGACCAAGGGAACUGGUGGAUGUGAUGAAGAAUGCAUAUAACCAAGGCCUCGAAUGUGACCAUGAGGAGGAGAAUGGAGAUGAUGGCAUCUCCCCAAAAGAUGUUGGCCAUAAUAUUUAUAUUUUGGCACAUCAGUUGGCUCGUCACAAUAAAACGUUGCAACAGAUGCUGAAGCCAGGGUCAGAUCCUGAUGAAGGAGAUGAAGCCUUGAGGUAUUAUGCCAAUCAUACGGCACAGAUAGAGAUUGUUCGCCAUGAUAGAACAAUGGAACAGAUUGUCUUCCCUGUCCCCAAUAUUUGUGAAUUCCUCACCCGGGAAUCCAAAAGUCGGGUAUUCAAUACGACAGAGAGAGAUGAGCAAGGGAGCAAAGUCAAUGACUUUUUCCAACAGACAGAGGAUCUGUACAACGAGAUGAAAUGGCAAAAGAAAAUUAGGAAUAAUCCACCCCUGUUUUGGUUCUCCAGACACAUCUCUCUCUGGGGGAGCAUUUCCUUCAACCUUGCUGUAUUCAUCAAUUUAGCAGUUGCUCUGUUCUACCCCUUUGGAGAUGAUGGAGAUGAAGGCACGCUCUCUCCGUUGUUUUCACUCCUCCUUUGGAUAGCAGUGGCGUUUUGUACGGCAAUGCUGUUUUUCAUCUCCAAGCCUGUUGGUAUUCGACCCUUUUUGGUGUCUGUUAUUCUCAGGUCUAUAUAUACAAUAGGGCUCGGUCCUACCUUGAUACUUCUUGGUGCUGCUAAUCUUUGUAACAAAAUAGUGUUUCUGGUGAGCUUUGUUGGGAACCGUGGAACUUUUACCCGUGGCUACAGAGCAGUCAUCAUGGACAUGGCUUUUCUCUAUCACGUAGCAUAUGUCCUCGUCUGCAUGCUGGGCCUCUGUGUGCACGAAUUCUUCUACAGUUUCCUGCUGUUUGAUCUGGUGUACAGAGAAGAGACAUUGCUAAAUGUGAUAAAAAGUGUUACCCGGAACGGUCGUUCCAUUAUCCUCACUGCGGUGCUAGCACUCAUCCUAGUUUAUCUCUUCUCCAUCAUUGGGUUCCUCUUCUUGAAAGAUGACUUUAUCAUGGAGGUCGACAGGUUGAAAAUCAGGACCCCUGCUGCAGGUAUUGGUGAAGUCCCCACUACAACCCUCACAUCAAUGGUGGGCGCCUGUGCAAAAGAGAACUGUUCCACAAGCAUCCCCAUUAUUAACCCAGCUGGCGAUGAGGAGGAGGAUGGAUUAGAAAGGACCUGUGACACCCUGCUCAUGUGCAUUGUGACCGUAUUAAACCAAGGCCUGCGGAAUGGUGGUGGUGUGGGAGACGUGCUCAGAAAGCCUUCCAAAGAUGAGCCCUUGUUUGCUGCACGAGUUGUUUACGAUCUUCUGUUUUACUUCAUUGUGAUAAUUAUUGUUCUAAACCUAAUCUUUGGAGUCAUCAUUGAUACAUUUGCUGAUCUCAGGAGUGAAAAGCAGAAAAAGGAGGAAAUACUAAAGACAACCUGUUUCAUCUGUGGACUGGAGAGAGACAAAUUUGAUAACAAGACCGUUUCGUUUGAGGAGCAUAUAAAGUCAGAACACAACAUGUGGCAUUAUUUGUACUUUAUAGUUCUUGUCAAAGUCAAAGAUCCAACUGAAUACACUGGCCCGGAGAGCUACGUGGCGCAAAUGAUUGUGGAGAAGAAUUUGGACUGGUUCCCUCGGAUGAGAGCCAUGUCCCUGGUUAGCAACGAAGGCGACAGCGAGCAAAACGAAAUCAGGAACCUGCAAGAGAGGCUGGAGUCAACCAUGAGCCUUGUAAAGCAGCUUUCCGGUCAGCUUGCUGAGCUCAAGGAACAGAUGACAGAACAAAGGAAGAAUAAGCAGAGGCUGGGCUUUCUUGGAUCAAACACACCCCAUGUGAAUCAUCACAUGCCACCACCCUGAUACCACGGGGAGAAGCCGUGACUAGCCUUUCAUCAGUAUUCCUGCUUUAUUAUAGAAUAAAAAGCUGAGAUUGAGAGGAGUGAACAGUGCCUAUUGUUACAAAGUUAAAAACAACCAAGUGCCAAGAUGUUAAGUGGUUUAGCUCUGGGAACAAUUUGUAGCUGUUUUUCAUGGUUGAAAGGGACCGCAACCUAGAAUGCGAGAGAUACAAGGGAGCUCGUUUGUGUUCGUUCACGGGGCCCGACUCCUCAGCUGCGUUUGCACUCCGCGACUCCAUGGCUUCGGUGGUCGCUGCCGGGUGCGACGGAGGUCGGGGCAGCGUUUGGCCGCGUCCUUAGAGCUGCCCUCAGACUUCUCCCUAAAGCGCUGGGAUAACCAAGAUGAACAGAAGAAGGAGAAAUGUUUGUUAACGCAAAUACGACAGCCUGGUUCAGAAUCA